GCAUACUUCGCUUUAAUCUAGCAGAGAAUGAAGCAUUACCCUAACGAAUUCAUCAUUCCAGACAGACAAGGAGGGAGAGAGGGAGAGGGAGAGAGAGAGGGGCGCCUGGGGUUAAAUAUUUUUUGACAAUUUUGAUACUGCAAGUGUUUCACCGGCGUACCCGCUUUGAAUGAAUCCUCCAACUGUCUUUAGGAAGCGUGGAGUUGGACAAAAAGGAGGAAGAAGGGGUGUGUUAGAAUCACCGACAGCUUUUCAGGACUCCAGCGACGAGCAGCCAGCCAGCCAAUGUCUGGUGAACGUGCGCGCGCGUGUGUGCGUCCACUAGCAUGUGUGUGUGUCUGUGUGGUGUGGUGUAGACCAGCAGCCAACACACACUUAACAUUCGUUCGCAACAUGGCGUUGAAGCGCCGAGAGACACGACGGCUCUCCCCCGACUAAUGCAACCUUCUCGUUUGGGAAAUCAAAUGUGACUUUUUCACCAUAGAGACCUAAAACAUUCACGGAGACUCCUUUACGCACCGGCGGAGACAAUAGCGGAUUCCAACGUAUGCAUGUCGCUAUAACGGUAUAGCUGGUUGUAUAGACGAACGCUGCUACCCCACUGGUGGAAAUCAAAGGCUGUACAUGGCGGUGGAGAGUACAAUUUGGCUGUUCUGUCUUCUUUUGCUGGUUUGUGGUCCAUCCAAGCAAGAAACGCCUUUUUCAGUAGAGCUGAGCUGCGGUGCCGGACCCAGCCAUGUAGUGUUGGAGCCAGGUUCGCCCCUCCUGUUAGACUGCAACCUCGGGGCCAGCGACACACCCUUCAAUGUCACCUGGCUUCAGGAUGGCCAGCCUCUGCCUCUGGAGGGGGGUCACUCCCUGGAGUAUUUGGCAAACGGAUCCCUCCUCCUGCUGCCAGCUUCUGAGGAUGGCCAGCCCACCCGGAGCGUGGAGGGGAGCUACAGCUGUGUGAGCGCCAGUGCCCUCGGAGCCCUGACCAGCAGGACUAUAAAUGUUCUCCUAGCAGGUCUGUCUAACUUCCAUCAGGAGCCGUCACCACAAACAGUGCCUGCUGGGGGAGCUGCUCGCUUUGAGUGUCAGAUUGAAGGAGUACCUACGCCUGUUAUUACCUGGGAAAAAGACAAGGAGGCUAUCCCUGAGGACACAAGGUUAAUUUCCCUUCCUAACGGGGUGCUUCAGAUUCUGGAGGUGACCAAGGAGGAUGAGGGUGCCUACCGCUGUGUCGCGUCCAACUCUGCCAGGAAGGACAUCAGUCAUGAAGCCAGGCUCAGACUCACCACAGGCUCAUCCGAAGCCCUGAACAGAGUUACGAUUGUUGCACCACCUCAGAAUGCUACAGUCGUGCUCGGCCGCCCCGCUGUGAUGGAGUGCAUGGCACAAGGCCAGCCGAAGCCCAUGGUGUCUUGGAGCAGACAAGAUGGGAAGCCCAUUUCCACUGAUGUGGUUGUCCUUGCAACAAACCUGGUGAUUAGAGACACGAGGCGUCACCACGCUGGCGUUUAUGUCUGCCGGGCCAACAAGCCCAUGACCAGAGAGUUUGUCAUUGCUGCUGCUGAGCUCCAUGUGCCUGCUCCUCCAGUGAUUCUCCAGCCCCCAGAGACGGCGUCCCUCUCCAGGGGAAACACAGCCAGGUUUGUCUGCAACAGCUCUGGGGAGCCUCCUCCAGUUCUGCACUGGCUAAAGGAUGGCCGGCCUAUUAAGCCCUUCAGACGGGUGAAGAGCCAAAGCCCUGGAGUCCUGCUCAUAAACCAGCUGGCACUGGAGGAUGCUGGAUAUUACCAGUGCAUAGCAGACAAUGGGCUGGGUACGGCCUGUGCCACUGCCAAGCUCACAGUGAUUGUGAGGGAAGGUCUACCCAGCCCUCCUCAGCACCUGUCAGCCACACCCUUCUCCAGCACCACUGCCCUGCUCACCUGGGAGAAACCUGAGUACAACUCAGACCAAAUUAUUGGCUAUUCUGUGCACUGCCAACUUGCCACAGGUUCAGAUAAUGUGGAGUACCAGUUUGCGAUGAACAAUGACACCACAGAGUAUCAUGUCAAAGAGCUUCUCCCACAUACUGCCUACACAUUCUUUGUGGUGGCUUACUCUCCCAUGGGAGCCAGCCGCCCAUCCCUGCCUGUCACUGUGGAGAUGCUGGAGGACGUGCCAAGUGCACCUCCACAGCUGUCUAUAGCCAGCACCUCCCCCACAGACAUCAGACUCAUGUGGCACCCGUUGUCCCCACAGCACAGUCGAGGCGCUGUCACCCGUUACCACAUCGAGUACAGCACUCUGGAUAAGGCAGACACAGUGUUUUCAGUGGAAGUGGGGGGUAAUGAGACUCAGUUCACACUGAGAGAGUUGCGGCCAAACCAGGCCUACAGAGUGAGGAUCGCAGCUGGAACAGUUGUUGGCUUUGGAGAUCCCUCUGAGUGGGCUCAGCACCAAACAUUGGCCCACUACAACCACAGCAACCACAGCCUGGUGGUCUUUGCCCCCACCGAGCUGAAAGUCAGAGCCAGAGUGAACACACUGAACGUGACCUGGCAUCCUUCACCCAAUCACACGCUGGUCUCUGGGUACAAGCUGUCCUGUCGAGAGUUGGAGGCUGAAGAUUCAACCAAUGGAGAAAAGACAUCACAGACCCACACCAUCAGGCUCAGAAAAAAGGCCAAGUACCAUCUCCUCACCGGGCUGGUCCCUGACCGUCAGUACGAGGUGAAGGUGUGGGCAUUCAACAAGCAGAUAGAGGGAGCAGCUGCAGUGUGGAAGGGAAGGACAGAAAAAGCCCCUGGACCAUCAGCGCUGCCCAUGCGUCCCCCUCCACUGCCCCCAAGCAGCAUCAAAGCCAUGGCCAACAGCUCCACCUCCAUCUGGCUACGCUGGGAGAAGCCCCGCUUCAGCAACGUACGCAUCAUCAACUACACAGUGCGCUGCAGCCCAGCAGGGACCACCAACGCCUCCCUGGUCUCCUACCACACCAGCUCUGCUCAGGAGAUCCUGCUUGGGGCGUUGAAGCCCUUCACCCGCUAUGAGCUGGCAGUUCAGUCAAAUGGAAUGGAUGUGGUGGGACCCUUUAGCAGCACAGUGGAGGAGUCUACUCUGUCUGACCGGCCCUCAACACCUCCAGAGGAGCUGCAGCUGAGUGCUCUGGACUCCUCUUCUGUGCUGGUGAGCUGGCGCCCUCCACUGGAGCCAAAUGGUAUCAUCAUCAGCUAUAAAAUCCUGUACAGUGGUAACCUGAGCCAGCCAGAGCACAUGUGGGAAAACCUCUCUCAGGAUGGAACAAUGACCAGUGUAGAGGUCCCGGGUUUGUCCAGUGACACACGAUACUUUUUCAAGUUAGGGGCAUCUACUGAGUUGGGGCCAGGGCCUUAUUCACCCGUUAAGGAUGUUCUCAUCCCCCAUCAGCAAUAUGAGCUGGACAUCCAUGCAGUGACAGGCAUCAUAGUUGGUGUGUGUCUUGGAUUGAUAUGCAUUCUCCUCUGCAUGUGUUUCAGCUUUCGUAACAGCAAAUCUAGGGAGGUGUCUAGGGGUCUGGACUCCACAGCUGUGACCCCCCAGUACAGGAGAGGAGGCAGCCCCGCUCCCUCCAUCAUGCCGGAGUGCAGCGAUAGCCAUGAGCUGGAGACACUGAUGCCCCCGGGCAGCCAAGAGUCUGGUCAGCCGCUAGAGGAGGCCCCAGAGGAUCAGAGCCUGAUGGCUGCUUGGAAUGGCUCUGUAAGCCAUAACUGGGCCAACAGAAUCACAAGAUACAGAGAUACCAUAACAGAAGACUCUCCAACGCUCAUUAAUGGAGCCCUCAACAAGCUAAUUACAGAUCACAGCACGGACUGCGGAGAUCGUCUGUGUACAUCCCGGUGCAGUAACCAAGUGGAGGCAGAAGUCAUAGUCCACUCAGAGCUGUCAGACCCAGAGAGGGAGAAAGAGGAGGAGUGCAGUCAAAGGGAGAAUGACUCUGAUACAAGUGGGGGGAACUCAUUAUCAGAGGACAUGUAUUCCCCUUUGAGUCCACCGAGUCCGCCAGGAGAAGAGGACAUGGUAGAAAAAACAUCAAUGGCCCAAACCCCUUUGAGUCUUACCUCGAUAAAGUUAGUGUUGAAUCACAAUGGGGAGCUAGAAGGCACGGGAACCCAGGCAGACAGAGAGCCACGGCAGGACGCGGGGCUAACCAAUGGCUUCCACUCCCCAAAGACAGUGCGUUGUGUGCUGAGGUCAGAGCAUCUGGGGAAUGGGGACUCAAGACACUGCCCAUCAGCACCAGGGAAGGCCAUUUCGACCGGGCUGUCCCCUUCUCCCUUUGUCAGCUCCGGCCUUGUCCACUCUACCUCAGCAGCACACAGUUAUUUGUGCCCGUAGCCUCUGCAUGUAGGGCAUGGACCCUUACACACACAGACAUCCAACUUUUUUUUUUCCUUCGACAUACCCAGGAAGAAUCCCCUCAGAUUAUUUUUAUGCACCUCAUUAUUGGAUUCCUUUCUCUUACUUGCAAAGAUUUUACACAGGUACUUUGAAUCCAUUGUUUCAUAUGUGUGUAAAAACAGGAUAUACAGUAUAUUUUUAGAGGGAGAGUACUGUACAUGGGUAUGCAUUCUCUAGCAUUGCAACCACAUUUUCUUCUGGGUUACUUUCCUGUCUAUAGGGAAGUAAGGAAAGAUUUAACUAAACCAAGCAGAUGGAAGAGGAUUGAAGGAGGCUAUUCCCACUGUGUCGCACAUGGCUCUGUUCCACUCACGAAUGAGAGAAACUGGGAUGUUCUGCUAGUGAGUGAGACAGGCUGCCAUCUUGGUUGAGAAUAAUCCGAAAUACAGGCGUCUCCGUGGGCUUUGAUGUGUGGAUGCUACUUUACUGAGGUGCACUGUGGGAUAAGCCUUAAAGAGUACCUGCACACUUUGAGAGAGUGCAGCACACCUGUGUGUCUCUCCAGCCUCUUGCUUUCUCAGGGUCCAUACACACAAACACUGACAUACACAGAAAGCUAAUAUAAAGCUGACUUAAGGUAUCUCAUGGUCAUGCAUAAACACACAUUUACUCACAAACACACACAUUUCCUUACAAAAGUGUGGGCGUCUCAGGUGCCUGAUUAUUGUAGGUGCAUUGAUAACCUCUGUAUAUUUCUAUAGAUUUUAUUCAGUACAAACACAAAACACAUGUCAACAUAACAGAAAAAAAUACUCAACAUGUAGAAAAGAUUGAUACACUUUAAGUUCUCUUUCCAAAAUGCCAUGUAUUCAGGUGGUUUCAUUUUGAAAACCAAGGGGCAUGUUGUUCAAAAGUGGUUUUGCAGUAUUUCAGAUGGCGGUUAUCAUGUUUUGGAAUCAAAGUAUUUACAUGUUCAUGUCGGGAUCAGUUUAAUUAUGUUGGAGAACUAGAGAAGAUGUUACAGCAACCCAUCUGUAGACAGCUCCUCUGGUUCUGCUCAUACUUAGGGGUGCACCAAUGUGAUACUGUGCCAUUGAUUGACUUUCCUUAACUCAGUAGAAAUACUCAACAUGUACAUUACUUUGAUGGAAAUCCAGAUUUAUUUUCAAGCCUAUCUAGUUUAUGCUGUAUCAGAAAAUGUUCAUACUGCUCUUCUUUGCUUCAGUACAAGAUUUAAUUAUAAACUGACCUGAUUUAAUUUCACCAGACAGGAAAUGAGCUAGAUGGGAAAAUAAACACAUUUAUACCAAUUUCAUUUUCUACAUUCACCCAAAAUUGUUGAAGUAUUCCUAAAGUAAUUAAUCUGAUUUAUUUUCAUAACUGACCAAUAUAUGAAGCUGAAUGAGUUUUAGCAUUGUGAAAGGGAAAUGGUGCAUCCCUACUCCUUAUCAACAACACUACCUCAUUUCUUUUCAGGACUAUUUCCAGUGUGGUUUUAUUAGCUUCAAGUAACUAGCACCUUUUUAAAAUCUCUUUCUUAACUUUCUGGUUAACAGCCUUUGGUAUUUGCAGAAUUAAUCGUCCGACUCUGACUGUAAGUUCUUGUAUUAUGUCAAAGGAAUUUAUGUCGCUUUAGUAUCUCUCAACUUCCUAUUAGAUCUCUGAAAAAUGUGUAAUUCAGUGUUGUGUUUCCUUCAAAAGCUAAACCACAGUUGAGAUGAACACUCAGUUGCUGUUUUCGAAAUGGCCUGCUACAUACUACCUACUAAUGUAGUAGGCAGUAAGUACUGCCUACUACAUACUGCGUUUGAAUUUAGUAUGUAGUAUUACUGUUCUGUUUGAUCUGUGUUGCAGUAUGCUGAGCCAGACAUCACUGAAUUUCCGGUUUCGGAAUGCGAAAGUAAACAACGGCCAAGCUGAUAGAGAAACUGCUUCUUUAGCAUCACUAAUGAUUUAAAAAGUUAGGAAGUGGUUUAUAUGGAAUUUAAUAAUUUUCACAGCACCCGUC